UAUUUUAUGUCUUAUGCGUUCAACUAUUCCUCUCCUGCACUGUGAGGAAAACGGUGUAGCUCUUACUUUCGAAAGAGGAAGAACUGCGAGAGAACAUGUGACACUUUGUUCUUAAAUAACAGCAACAAGGAAACGCAGUCAGACUGGGUUCAGCGCACGAGCAAAGAUGAGUCCGACUAAUCAAGGCCUGCUGUUGCUGCUCAUCUCCCUGUGUGCUGGGGCAGCAGCCAUGUUUGAAUCCACACUGGAUGCCCACUGGGAUCUGUGGAAGAAGACACAUGGGAAGAGCUACAAAAAUGAUGUGGAGGAUGCUCACCGCCGGGAGCUGUGGGAGAAUAACCUGAAGAUGAUUACUGUGCACAACCUGGAGGCCUCAAUGGGACUUCACACCUAUGAACUGGGCAUGAAUCACAUGGGAGACCUGACAGAAGAAGAGAUCCUGCAGUUUUUUGCCAGUCUCACUCCUCCCACUGACAUCCAGAGGGCGCCAUCUGCCUUUGCAGGGGCAUCAGGUUCUGGCAUACCAGACACCAUGGACUGGAGAGAGAAGGGUUGUGUCACAAAAGUCAAGAUGCAGGGUGCUUGUGGAGCUUGCUGGGCCUUCAGUGCUGCAGGGGCCCUGGAAGGCCAGUUAGCCAAGAGUACAGGAAAGCUGGUGGAUCUCAGUCCUCAGAACCUGGUGGACUGUUCUGGCAAAUACGGUAACCACGGCUGCAAUGGAGGCUUCAUGACCCGAGCUUUCCAAUAUGUCAUCGACAACCACGGAAUCGACUCUGAUGCUUCAUACCCAUAUACAGGACGUGAUGAUCAGUGCCACUACAACCCAGCAACUCGUGCUGCCAACUGUUCCAGUUACCAGUUUCUGCCUGAAGGGGACGAGAACGCUCUGAAGCAGGCCCUUGCUACCAUUGGACCCAUUUCAGUGGCAAUUGAUGCUACGCGGCCCAUGUUUACUUUCUACAGGAGUGGAGUGUAUAAUGACCCAUCAUGCUCACAAAAGGUGAAUCACGGUGUUUUGGCAGUGGGCUAUGGUACUCUGAAUGGACAAGACUACUGGCUCGUAAAGAACAGUUGGGGAACUACCUUCGGAGAUCAGGGAUACAUCCGGAUGGCACGCAACCAGAACGAUCAGUGUGGCAUUGCUCUGUAUGCCUGCUACCCCGUCAUGUAACUGCAGAGGGAACUGAAGGGAAAUUCUUGCAAAAUAAAUAAUAUUUCAUAUAUGAUUACCUUUUAAUUUUAUUGUAAGUCUUCAAAAACUACAGCUUCAAACUAAUGCCUUUUGGUGCUUCUCUUGAAAAAUUAUAUUAUGAGGAGGAAGCAUUAUCACUGAUUUUCUUUAGCACUGUGGAAAUGUUAAUGUUUGUAUCUGUAUGUGUGAGUGCUUGUAUAAGAGUCUUUUUCAGUAUGUUUUUUUUCUUCUGAACCUCUUAUCAAGCUACUUUCCUAAAAAAAAAAAAGUGUCCUUGAAAGGUGAGGUUCAGCAAUUGCUUUAAAAGAUUAGAUUUUUCACAAGUUAAAGAAAAAUAUUUAUCCGCCAAUGUUUAUUUUGGUUAGGAUUAACUACCGUACUAAAUCAGGGGGUAACCAGAAAUACAACCCUCUGUCUAAGGCUAUGAGGUUUUCAUUAAAAAUCUAUUGUAAAAAGUUGUGACUUUACUGGAUGUUUAGCGCUGGACUACUUUAUAUUUUUAGACUUGAGCCAGUAAGAUUUAUAGAUUACAUUCGGAACACAACACGUACUGCUGCUUUGUUGUUUAUACUGAUAUUAUGUAAUCUGACUCGACAUAAAAAUAAAACAUUUUCCAAAAUGCCGGUUUCUUAUUCACAAAAUAAUGAACAUGGAAUUACAAUAUUUAAAUUUUAAGGUGUCAUGGUGCUGGGUCUGUUACUGGGUGUUUAUGUUUUUGGACUUUUUGGACUUGUUUUCCUACAAUGGUAGUGAUUUAUGUUUCCUUGUCUUUUUCUUGUAUUAUUUAGUUUCCAAGUUUAAUUAUUUAAAUUUCCGGUUCUUAAUUACUUGUUGUUGUAGUUAGUUCCCUUUCAGAUCGUCUGUUCAUCUUCCGUCAUGUUUUAGGUCUCAGGUCUUCUUGUUCCAGGUACCUUGUGUUUAGUUUUUUUACAGUUUCGUUUUCGUUAGUUUAAUCGUAGUCUCCCUUUUGCUUUGUGCAGCCAAAAAUAAAAGGCUCACUUUUUUUAAAGUCCAGUACCAUCUGCCAUUGCAGAUGUGACAAAAGGGGGAUAUGUAUUUAUGUAAACAUGCCUGGAUGUUGAGGGUUUUAACUGGUUGAGUACUGAAUUGUGCAUGUUAUACUGUAUUUUUGUUAAACAAAAAGGAAGUUUAAAAGGAAGAGUUGGUUUCGUAAGUGUGUUUUCUUGUUUUUGGACAAAAUAAAAAAUAAAUCAGA